GGCGGGGCCUGUUGGCGGCGGCGUCCCUCCUGCUGCUGCUGCCGCCUCUUGUUUUCGGCCGGGGCGAUGGCUUCGAUGGCGGCGGCGAUCGCGGCGUCUCGCACGGCGUCCCUGUCGGGGAACCGCCCGCUGGACGACCGUGAGCGGAAGCGCUUCAGCUACUUCUCCUCGCUGAGUCCGAUGGCGCGGAAGAUCAUGGCGGAGAAGGCGCGCAUCCGGGAGCGCUACGGGCCCGACUGGGAGCGCCUCCCGCCGCGGCGCCAGGACGAGAUCAUCGACGCCAGCCUCGUCCAGCCCCACGUCCAGGCCCGCUACGCCGCCCACCGCGGGGGCCCCAGGACGGCCCAGCCCCAGCCCCAGGCCCUGCCCAACCUCCGCCUCAACACCGGCCAGAAGGUGGUGCACUUCGGGGAGGAGGAUAUCACCUGGCAAGAUGAGCAUUCAGCUCCUUUCUCAUGGGAAACGAAAAGUCAGAUGGAAUUCAGCAUUGCUUCUCUAUCCAUACAAGAACCAAAUGGAGUGACAGCACAGAAUGAACAGAAACAACCUGUCAAAACUGCUCCAGCCCCUCCACCCCCCAAAUCCUCACAAGUUGGCAAAACGCCUGGCUCAGAUGGGCUUAUACCACCCAGGAAAGAAGAGGAAGCCUCUUUCUGGAAGAUAAAUGCGGAGCGCUCCAAGUGUGAGGGUGAACAGUCUCCGUUCUAUUCUCUUACCCCAAGCCAGAUCAAAUCCAUGGAGAAAGGCGAGAAGGUCCUUCAGCCCUACUACAGGCAAGAAUCUGGUCCAAAAGAGGCAACUAAAACAGAGAAGCUGAGUAGUGCUAAGCCUGAGAAGGAGGUCACCCCAGUUCUUGCUGCAACAUCAAUAGAAUGGGAAAAAAAUCAGCCUGCUCCACCUUCGUUUAAUGCCCUUAAUCCUCCUGAAUCAUUAGAAGAGUCACCAGCUACUGGGACCAAAAGUGAAGACAGUGAUAGUGGCUUUCUUUCAGAUCUGCAUACGCUUGGUCAGAGCAAUUCAAGUAAUGUUAUCUUGAAGACGGGAUUUGAUUUUCUGGACAACUGGUAAAGAGACACUGAAGUAGCAUCUGCUCACUUUUGGAGAAAGAAGAGGAGCAUCUUUUCUGUUUCUAUUCUCUCUCAUUGUUUUGUUCUUGGCUUUUUAAAUUUUUCUUUUAAAAUAGUAUUUUUUCCAGCUCUUUUUAAAUGUUGCCUUUGUACUAACACUUUUUUGUAAAACCAGAUGGUAUUUGUAUUUUGGAAUAGUGAAGUGUUAGAAGUGUUUUUAAUUAUUAUUAUUAUUAUUUUAUUAUUAUUAUUAUUAUUACUCUAUUCAAUUACUAGCCAUGAUGAGGAUGGCCUGGAUGUAUUUCUUUACUGUUAUAUGUCUAUUAACAGCAAGGUGAAGAAACAGAGAAAGUGUGAAGAUGCCUUACAGGGGCACACAGUUUUGUUCUGCACACUCAUGGGAAAUGCUAACAAAGUGCAAUGAAGAGAAGAACCAUUAAUAUUGGUGGGGUGGGGAAUUAGAUUUAUUAAAGCACAAUGCUUAAAAACCAAAAUACAUUAUGUCUGUUUAAAAUAAAUUAUACAGUAAAUAAGGCACUACAUCUUUUUACUUAUUAAAAAUGUUAUAGGCAUGUAUAGGUACAGCAGGUUAACUGCUGAGCUGCUGAAGUUGCUGACCAAAAAGUUGGCAGUUUGAAUCCGGGGAACGGGGGGAGCUCCCACUGUUAGCCCCAGGUUUUGCCAACCUAGCAGUUCGAAAACAUGCAAAUGUGAGUAGAUCAAUAGUUACUGAUUCACGGCACUCCAUGCAGUCAUGGUGGCCACAUAACCUUGGAGGCAUCUACAGACAACGCUAGCUCUUCAGCUUAGAAAUGGAGAUGAGCAACACCCCCCCAGAGUCGAACACGACUAAACUUCAUGUUAAGGACAAACCUUUACCUUUAUAUAGUUUGACCUGGCUUAUUUCUGUUGGUGUUUAGUGGUAUGCAAAACAUAACUGAGCAGAGUUACCUGAUACUGUAUUCAGAAAUAAUUUUGAUGUGGACAUGGCAUAACUAAGGGGGAAUGUUUAAAAUAGGCAUAUGUGUAUUUGGGACAAUAAUUUGCCAGAAAUAAAGUAAUAGAUGGCAAAAAGAAUCAGGAUAUGAAAAAUUAAAAUAUAACAAAAUAAAAUAUAUAGAACAAAGAAGCUCCUUUCUUUGUAUAAAUUUAGAAGACCACUGCAAAACAAAACCGUGCAGUGAGGAAUGUAGUCUCAGAGGGCAACUGAUAGUCUUGGUGCUUGUUGGCAUUCCUAUAAAAGUGCCAUUAGAAAAGUGUACCAUAAUCCCUUAAGGGAGUGGAUUGUUUUGUUCCUCUUCUCCCUUUCAAGAAUAUAUAUUGUCAUCCACCCUAUUGCAAAGCAUUGUGAGAUGGUUUGUUUAUUGCUUUUAAAUGUUUUUAAAUGGCAUCUUUUAAAGAAAUGAGUAAUUUCUGGUGCUAUUUCUAGGAGCAGAACUCCAGCUUGUCACAUACGCCUUGGUGUUCUGUUUUUGUUAUUGAUGUUACAUAUAGGGCGCUCUUUACAUGAGGGGGAACAUGCAAAAAUGGUGCCUCCCAGCUGUAGCUUGAAAAAAAAACUACCAACCUACCACUCAGGUUACUACCACCAUCUUUCUGCUGCAUUGUAGG